UCGUACGCCUCCAGUCCGGGACCCACGCCGCCAGCCCUAGUGGGCGGCCGGAUUCGCGUCCCGCCUCAGCUCCCGGAGGACAUGCUGGAGAGAGAAUGAGCCAGAGAGACACACUGGUGCAUCUGUUUGCUGGGGGAUGUGGUGGUACAGUGGGAGCUAUUCUGACAUGUCCGCUGGAAGUUGUAAAAACACGACUGCAGUCAUCUUCUGUGACGCUUUAUAUUUCUGAAGUUCAUCUGAAUACAAUGGCUGGAGCCAGUGUCAACCGAGUAGUGUCUCCUGGACCUCUCCAUUGCCUAAAGGUGAUCUUGGAAAAAGAAGGGCCUCGUUCCUUGUUUAGAGGAUUAGGCCCCAAUUUAGUGGGGGUGGCCCCUUCCAGAGCAAUAUACUUUGCUGCUUAUUCAAACUGCAAGGAAAAGUUGAAUGAUGUAUUUGAUCCUGAUUCCACCCAGGUACACAUGAUUUCAGCGGCAAUGGCAGGUUUUACUGCAAUCACGGCAACGAACCCCAUUUGGCUUAUUAAGACUCGCUUACAGCUUGAUGCAAGGAACCGUGGGGAAAAGCGAAUGGGUGCUUUGGAAUGUGUUCGCAGAGUGUAUCAGACAGACGGACUUAGAGGAUUUUAUAGGGGCAUGUCUGCUUCAUAUGCUGGCAUAUCAGAGACUGUUAUCCAUUUUGUUAUUUAUGAAAGUAUAAAGCAAAAACUACUGGAAUAUAAAACUGCUUCUACAAUGGAAAAUGAGGAAGAGUCUGUGAAAGAAGCAUCAGAUUUUGUGGGAAUGAUGCUCGCUGCUGCCACCUCAAAAACUUGUGCCACAACUAUAGCCUAUCCACAUGAAGUUAUAAGAACAAGACUACGUGAAGAGGGAACAAAAUACAGGUCUUUCUUUCAGACACUGUCUUUGGUUGUUCAGGAAGAAGGAUAUGGGUCUCUUUACCGUGGUCUAACAACUCAUCUGGUGAGACAGAUUCCAAACACAGCCAUUAUGAUGGCCACCUAUGAACUGGUGGUCUACCUGCUCAACGGAUAGCAGCACAUAGGGCUGCUGGACUGCAAAGAGGGAAGACCAAAAGAUUAUAGUGGACCAUGGAGUAUUGAAGCCAGCCUGGUGGACAGAAGAAAAAUAGUUUGGGAACAUGUAGCUAUACUUAAGUGGAAAUUUGGUUGUAGGAAUUAAAAACAUCACACCACAUUACUUGGCCUUUCAGUAAUGUGAA